UAAGGUGUAAGUUGUGUGAGAGUUGUCAUUUCUUUUUUAAAUAAACAGAAAAACACAAAUGAGCACACAGCAUGGAGCUAGACGAAGCUCUGAAUUCGAUAGGCUUUGGCUGUGGCCAGGUGCUGGUGCUGGUCUUCUCCAGUUUCGCCAAUUUGCUGGCCGUCAACGAGAGCUUCGGCAUGUCGAUCAUCGUUGUGGCCUCGUCUUGCGAUCUGGGCACAACUUCCGGCCAAAAGUCACUGAUGAUGACCUCCUUGAUGGUGGGCAUGACGCUCUCUGGAUUCUACGUGGGCUACCUCAUAGAUGUCAAGGGCAGGGUUAGAAUCUUACGCUGGAUGCUGCUCGUUACCAUUGUGCUGUCGGUGACGUCGGCACUUAUGCCGGAGGUGUAUGCGUUGUCGACAACGCGAUUCUUCGUUGGAGUAUUCCUUUGUGGACCUGCCACAUGUAUCCUUGGCUACAUGACAGAAUUCUCAGCGCCACAUGCCCGCCCCAAGCUCGUUGUCGUCUUCAGCCUGGGCGUGGGUUUGUCGCUGAUCUACUGCCCGCUGGUGGCGAAAUUAUUUCUGCCCAAACAAUACUGCGCAUCGGCAGAUGACGCUUAUGAGCAGCGCUCCUGGCGCUACCUCAUGAUGCUGUACACGCUGCCCGGUGUCAUUGCGCUGCUGGGUCUGUGCUGGCUGCCGGAGAGUCCCUACUAUCUGAUGUCCGUGAAGCGCAAGGAGGAUGCCUACGAGGUGCUCCGCUGGCUGUGUCGCCGCAACCGCAAGAACAUGGACGAGCUGCACAUCGAGCUGGCGGACUUUCGCAGGCAGACAAUUGUGGUUAAGUCCAAUUACUUUAAGCUCGUGUGGGAUGACAGCAUUCGCUUGGUGAAACCACCGUACUGCCGUGACUUUAUGGUCUGCACGCUGCUGUCGUUUGGCAUGUUUCUGAUCUCCCUUGGCCUGGGCAUGUGGUUUCCACUGCUGCGUAGUCAGGACAACAGCCAGUACCGACUGCUCUGCGAUGUGCUGAGCAAACCCAGGAACUUUGACCAGGCAAAGAACGUUACAGCCCCCACCGAACUGCCAGACUUCACCGAUCCGAUCUACUAUGGCAUCGCCUACAUUUGCUUCUACUUCUUGGCUCUGCUUCUGCUGGUGUUCGUGUCGCGGAAACAUGUCUUCGUUUGCUACGUCAGCACCGCCGCCCUUUGCGGCCUGGCCCUGAACUUCAUCAAGGAACCACUUGCCAUUUUGAUCUGCUUCAGCCUGAUGAUGAUUCUGCCCGGUGUGAUGAUCACCUUGGUGUCCGCGGUGCUGGUUGAUUGCAUGCCCACACAGCUGCGUGCCAAGGCUCUCAGCCUGAACAGAGCGCUCUCCCGUUUGGGUUCCAUUUUCGGCUGCCUGCUCGUGGGCCUCAUGCUGAAGGUCUCCUGCGUGGCCACACUCAACAUCUUUGUGGCCUAUCUCAUGUUUUGCAUUAUUUUGUGCUUCCUGCUGCCAGAGUAGACCCCGCUCUAGACUUCAAUUUUGUCUUGAA